CUUGCCCAUACCUGGUAUCGGUAGACUCAUCGCGUUGCCAUUGGCGUGAUUGCUGAGUUUGGGACUUGCGGAUACCGAUACAGAGGGGUGGUGGAAGCAUUUGUUAAAGGAUGGCAAUGGAAGAACACACAGUCACCUUGAGCGAUGAUGAAGAAGAAAUGGAGCAGCAGGCAGUUUCUCUCAAUUAUGAGGGGUCAUUAAAUAAAUGGACCAAUUACAUCCAUGGUUGGCAGAACCGAUGGAUGGUUCUUUCAAAUGGUACAUUGUCAUACUACAAAUCUGAGCAUGAGCAAGGUGUUGGGUGUCGUGGGGCUAUCAGCAUCCACAAGGCAGCUAUUAAGCCACAUGAGUUUGAUGAGUGCCGGUUCGACGUGUGCGUGGGCGAUUCAGUUUGGUACCUCAGGUCCAACUCGCUUGAGGAGCGCAACCGCUGGAUGGACGCCAUCGAGCGGGCCAAAUGCGCGGACUCGGCGUACGGCAGCGCCAACAGUCUGAAGCGGCAUGGCUCGGCGCUCUCGCUCACCUCCAACACGCUCUCCGGAUCCGGUGUCAAGUGGUGCAAAGGCCUCAAGGAGAAGAUUGAGGAGCUGGAGACGUACCGUGACAUCCUGAAGCGCCAGGUGGACACCCUGCAGACCUUCUUCGACACCUGCGUCACCGCUGGCGACCGCGCGCGCGCCAAAGUGUGGAGCGACAGUGAGGACGAGAGCGCUCCACCACUGGCGAGCGGAGAAGCGCGACCACCACCAGGGCUGCUGCAGCCGACCAGGGAGGCGUUCCAAGGCCUCGGUUUGGACCCAAUCGACUUCAAGGGCGAGGCCAUCACAUUCAAGGCCACCACGGCCGGCGUGCUGUCGACGCUGCAGCACUGCGCCGAGCUGAUGAGUCAGCGCGAGGACGGCUGGCGACGCCGGAUGGAACGCGAGCUGGAGCGGCGCCGCCUGCUCGAGGAGCGGCUGGCGCGUCAGGAGGAGGCGGCAGCGGCCGCCACCGGCUCGCCCGGACCAGAGAGCCCGGCAGGGAAACGGCACGUGAUGUUCGGCGGCCCCGACUACCAGGAGGGUCCGCACAGCACCAUCGGCGAGGAUGAGUUCUUCGACGCGGUGGAGUCGGCGUUGGACCGCAUCACCGAAGACCAGGAGUUCCGCGACAAGAUGCGGCAGAAGCAGCACGUCAAGCCUCCCCAGGCGCCCAGCAACCGCCAGCACUCGCUGCACAACGAGGUGGAGCAGGUGAGCCAGCAGCAGCUGCGGUACGCGCUGGCCGGCGUCGACGACGGCGUGUGGACACUGUUCGCGCAGGAGGGCGAGAUGAAGAUGUACAAGCGCGAGGAGGAAGUGGACGGCCUGGCCGUCGACCCGCUCAAGGCUGUGCACGUGGUGUCGGGCGUGACGGCGCACGAGGUCUGCUGGCACUUCUGGUGCCCGGAUGUCCGGCUGGAGUGGGAGACCACCGUGGAGCAGGUCACCAUCCUGGAGUCCGUGGACGAGCAAACGGCCAUUAACCUGCAGGUGCACAAACGAGUAUGGCCGGCCGCCCAGCGCGACUCGCUCUUCUGGUCGCACAUUGAGCGCCAGGUGGUGGACGGCCAGGAGUGGUGGCUCGUCGUCAACAACUCGACCGACUACGCCAGCGAGCAAAUGAAACUGCACCCACCCUUCCCCCACACGGACGAUCCUCGAGCGGCCGAGGGAUGGAUCUUUCUGGCGGCGCGCGAGUCGAGCGACAAGUACGUGCGCGUGCUGCUGACUGUGUGCAUGGCGUGCCAGACGGAGAUCGUGGGCGACAAGUCCGACCUUUCCAAGGUCACCCGGGACCAGCUGCGCUGCAAGAUCACGUACUGCUCCGUCGUGAACCCCGGCGGCUGGGCGCCCACGUCCGCUCUGCGUAUGGUCUACAAGCGCGAAUACCCGCGCUUCCUCAAGCGCUUCACCGGCUACGUCAUAGAGCAGUGCAAAAACAAGCCGAUCCAAUGGUAGUGGCGGGCCGCGCUGCGUCGUCGGGUGGUUUUGUGUCGCGCAGGACUGCCCCCGCCGGGAAUUGGGCGGGACUCGCGCGCCGCCGGGAGUGGGGCGGACAGCCCGGACUCGUGCGCCGCUGUGCGUUCCUGGACAGUCCGUGCCGCGGGUGUAUCGCGUCCGGAGGUGACCAGUAGUCGGCGGGGCAUGGGCGAGGUGUGCGUGUGUGUUUGUGUGUGUGCGUGUGUGCGUGCGCACGUGUGCGCCCGUGCGCACACGUGUGUGUAUGUAGAGUCGGUUUCAGUGCGGCCGUGGAUAAUUAGGAUGCUGCGUCGCGGUGUGUCCGGUGACCUGGGCUUUGCUGCGGUGCACUUGGGCGGUGGAUGAUGGCAAUGACCCGGUGCAGCGUGCCUGCGCACUGCUGUGAAGCUCAGGUCCAGUGUGAGGCGGUCGACGGGAUGCUGGGUAGCGGAGCGUGUCUCCGGGUCUGGUGUGACGACGCAGGUGGGGAGGUGGCUGGCUUCUCCCCGGACGACCCCCGCCGCCAUCUUGGCGUGCCGUGUGUAUGGCUGCGGUGACUCGCGCGUGCUUGUGUCGAUGGGUCGGUAUAGAGGGCGCCGGCAUGCACCUCGCGAGGAUGGGGCCGGCCCCGGUGUGCAGGGUACGGGUCUGGCAGAUAUGAGCGACGCCGGGCACGCUGUGCCGGUCCGCCGAUGGCUGGAUUGCUGUCCGACGACGGCGUCUCUUGAUCAGGGCAGCAGUCCGCCAGGCUGGCCUGUGCUGGCCUGCUGGGCUCCUUCACCCUAUGCCGUGGGCUGCUGGGCUCCUUCGCCCUAUGCCGUGGGCUGCUGGGCUCCUUCCCCCUAUGCCGUGGGCUGCUGGGCUCCUUCGCGCUAUGCCGUGGCUUACUGGGUUCCUUCGCCCUAUGCCGCGGGCCGAGGACGCCGCUGCCGAGUAUCUCAAAGCCCGCUGUGUGGGCUCAUACAUAUCCCGUGGGCUUAACCCACCUAUGCACUCGUCGUGGCCGCUUCCCUAACAGGCAGAGUAGUGGCAGCCUCAUUUGGCGAGGGUGGUAUAUAUUUGUAUACUGAAGACUGUUUGGGUGCUGUCUGCUACACUUUCGCGUGUGGUGUAUGAACUCCAUUGCAGAAGCUGCUUCCUACUUCCAGUACCACGUGUUCAACUCGUACAACUUCACUUCGUACAUCUGUCCGCGCGGAUCUUGCAUCAAAUAUGCAUUUGUAUGGAUCCCACUGCAUUGUGCUCAGAUGCGUUCGGAUGUUAAUCAGUUGUGACGUGAGCAUUGGGGAACAUGAUUAUGGUUAUCGUGUUAACCGACGCAUAAUUGCGAUUGUUGUGUUCGUUGUUUACCACUGUUGAUAUCAGUGAUCUGACGGUUUAAUAGUCAUUUAUUUUGUGUAUUUCAACUUUGCUAUCGUCGCGCACAGUUUAAGCAUCAUAUUCUUCGUUAUAUGGGAAAAUGAAGAAUACGUUGGUC